AUGGGCAACCGCACAUGGGAGGGCUGUCACGUGGACUCACGCAUGGACCAUCUCUUCCCGCCUUCCCUCUACAUCUUCGUCAUCGGCGUGGGGCUGCCCACCAACUGCCUGGCUCUGUGGGCUGCCUACCGCCAGGUGCGACAGCGCAACGAGCUGGGCGUGUACCUGAUGAACCUCAGCAUCGCCGACCUGUUGUACAUCUGCACGCUCCCGCUGUGGGUCGACUACUUCCUGCACCACGACAAUUGGAUCCACGGCCCUGGCUCCUGCAAGCUCUUCGGGUUCAUCUUCUAUACCAACAUCUAUAUCAGCAUCGCCUUCCUCUGCUGCAUCUCAGUGGAUCGCUACCUGGCCGUGGCCCACCCACUGCGGUUCACGCGCCUGCGCCGGGUGAAGACCGCCGUGGCCGUGAGCUCCGUGGUCUGGGCCACGGAGCUGGGCGCCAACUCGGCGCCCCUGUUCCAUGACGAGCUCUUCCGCGAUCGCUACAACCAUACGUUCUGCUUCGAGAAGUUCCCCAUGGAGGGCUGGGUGGCCUGGAUGAAUCUCUACCGGGUCUUUGUGGGCUUCCUGUUUCCGUGGGCCCUCAUGCUGCUGUCCUACCGUGGGAUCCUGCGGGCUGUGCGGAGCAGUGUGUCCACGGAGCGCCAGGAGAAGGCCAAGAUCAAGCGGCUGGCCCUCAGCCUCAUUGCCAUUGUGCUGGUCUGCUUUGCGCCCUACCACGUGCUCCUGCUUUCCCGCAGCGCCGUCUACCUGGGCCGCCCCUGGGACUGCGGCUUCGAGGAGCGUGUGUUCUCAGCAUACCACAGCUCGCUGGCUUUCACCAGUCUCAACUGUGUGGCUGACCCCAUCCUCUACUGCCUCGUCAACGAGGGCGCCCGCAGUGACGUGGCCAAGGCCCUGCACAAUCUGCUCCACUUCCUGGCCAGUGACAAGCCCCAGGAGAUGGCCAAUGCCUCGAUCACCCUGGAGACCCCACUCACCUCCAAGAGGAGCAGCAUGGCCAAGGCCAUGGCCGCCGGCUGGGUGGCAGCUCCGCCCGCCCAGGAGGACCAGGUGCAGCUGAAGAUGCUGCCUCCGGCACAGUGA